UACGUUCCCAAGGCAAGAUGGCGGCGUCCUGAGCUGACAACACUUCUGUCUGAUUUUCAUGUUUAUUUUGUGAAGUUUUCAGAAAGUACAUAAAGAUGCCUGCAGUACUGAUCCUCAGCAAUGAGGUGGUCAAAAUGAGGGCGGAGGUUAAAAGGGUGAAGGUGCUCCUCAUCCGGAAACUCAUCCGUCAGAUCUCAGUCCUGGAGAAGAAGAAAGGAAGUGAGGCGGACUUGGAGAAGUUCCGCAGACGAGCGGCCAGACUUCGGGAGGAGAUCCAUGAGCUGAAGACUAUCACGCCUGACAGCGUCACCAAGGCCGCCCUACAGAAGGACAUCAGCUUUGAGAAAGUGUGCCGGAAUAAAGAGGCUAGCCUAUCCGAACGAGCCAUUGCCCGCAUCGCCACACACCCACAGUUCAGCAAGAAAAUCCAGAGCAUAAAGGCAGCCAUCAAAGCCUUCAAAGAAGAGAGAGUAAAUGCAGAAAAACAAGCAAAAAACAAUGCAGAAAAUGCCACGUCGCUAGAUCAGUCACAAGCAGACAGCGAUGAUGAUGAUGAUUUGGGUUCAGAGAAGUCAAGCGAUGAAGAUGAUGAGGAGAAACUGAAAGAGGAUGAGGGUGAUAAAAAGACAGAUGAAGACAGGCAAGAGGAGAUUGAUGGUUCCACACAGGAGAGCCAGAAGACGAGUCUAGAGACAAUAAAUGAACAGACCAAUCAGUGCCAAAAGGAAGAAUCACUAACAGUUGAGGAAUCAUCUGAAAGAGUGGGCAUCCCAGAGGAGGUGAUCAGGAUGAGGAAGGAAGUGAAGAGGACGAGGGUGCUGAUCAUCAGUAAAAUGGCAGAGCAAGUGGCUUCUCUGAAGAAGAAGAAGAAGGGUCAGGAAUCUGAGGUGAAGGAAAGCCAAGAAAAAGCAGCGGAAAUCAUGAAAGAAAUCAAGGCUUUAAGGAGCCUUAAACUGGAUCAGGUGACCAUGACUGCACUUCAGGAGAAUGUUGUCCUUGAGAAGGUUUUGCAGGACCCUCAGGCAAGCCCAGUGGACAGAGCCAUUGCACAUAUCGCCACACAUUCCCGCUUCAUCCACAAGCUCCAGAAGGUCAAAGAAGCCAUCAAAGAAGAAAGAGCUAAGGCUGCUGAAGCUGAGCAGAAGAAGACUGACAAACUGGAUACGGUGCAGUCCAAGAAUGAAGAUGAGGAACCAGAGGAGGAACCUGAGGAAGAUGGGGAAUCGGAAGAGGAAUCUGAGGAACCUGAGGAAGACGAGGAACCAGAGGAUGACCACAACAGUGGUCACAGUGAAGAGGAUGGUGAUGUGGUAGAGGAAAAAUUGAACAGUCCUACCACUGAGAUCCAUACGUCUAGUGUUGCAGAGCCAACAGAAAGUACAGAUUCUGAUCUUGUAAAGGUGCCACCUUCCAAGAUUAUCACAACAGAAAAAUCUAAAAGGGUCGAAGUUAAAUCAAAGAAAGCAGAGGCCACGUCUCCUAAUGUCAAAAGUUCUCCUGAAAAGUCUUCAACUGUAAGUAAGAAGAACAUUGGUAAAGCAAGCAAAGAAAUGGAGACCACCUUAAAGCCACAAAAGAAAAAAGACCUACCUGAGACUAAGAGGGUUGAGGCAGAAAAAGACAAGGAAGAGAGUGAUUUAUCAGAUGAGGAGGAAGAGAAGGAAUAUUUCGAUGACAGCACAGAGGAACGUUUCCAUAAGCAGUCGUCUCAAUCUGAAGAGAGUGAUGAUGAUGACUUCUUUCUGGGCAAAGUUAGCAAAUUCAAGAAACGGAAAAGUAACCAAAGUAAAGUCGAGGAGAAAAAGAGUGAGCUUCAAAAAACUGACAAGGAGGCCACCAGCAAACCUCAUGAGACAAACCUUGGCAAAUUACAGUCUGUGUUUUGCUCAGCGUUGUCCAAAUCUAGCGUGUCCUCUCAGAAAGCAAAGUUUGGCUCUCGCAGUGAUGGCCCAAGACCUCCUCGAUUCCAGAACCAGAGGAAAGGUCCUGAGGGUAGGAUGAAAGCAUCUCAAUAUAAAGGCCAAGACCUUGGCGCUGACAGGAGGACGGGUCCAUUCAAACCCAACAGAGAGACUUUUAAAGUUGCUGAACAAAAGCAAGCGGGACCUUCAGGGGCAGGGAGGGGAAGGCCUCAGUUUGAGCAGAAGCGGAAUCCCAGAGGUCCACCUGGCAGGAUGUCAGACCCACCCCAGCAGUCCCUUCAUCCCUCAUGGGAGGCUAGCAGGAAGAGAAAGGAACAGCAGGCACAAAUCACAGUGUUCCAAGGGAAAAAGAUCAGAUUUGAUGAUGAUGAUGAUUAAGAAAAGGCUGCUCAAAUUCAUUUGAUGCAUUUAUAUUUUAAAACUUAAAAAUUAUUCCUGUUAAACUAUUUACUGUGAAUUUGUAUUAAAACACAGAUGUAAACCAGUUGUUCUUUUGAUUUGAAAUAAAGUCCCUCUUAGUGUUAUUUUACUAUA